CCAACACAGGGCCAUCGCGCAAAGGCCACAUGGCUGCUCAGUCGGCAGAAGGGCAAAUCGAGCGGAUUGUUCGGGAACAGAACAAACCAUUCGGCCUCCAACAGCUCGUCGACUUGGGCGCGACAACAGGAUUAAAAAAAGCGCAAGUCUCCAAGGCUGUUGACAGCCUUGUUGCUGAGGGGAAAAUUCUUGCGAAAGAAUUUGGGAAGACCAAGCUUUUCAUCCCACCGCAAGCCGGCCUGAAGGUUCUUUCUAAGGAGGAGUUCGAGAGUCGCAAGACAGCGGUGAGGCAGCUGCAGCAGGAAUGCCAGAAGGAGGCGCUGGAAUGCAAGCAGCUUGAAUCAGAGCUUGCGCAGCUCCGCAGCGCCCUAUCUGAGGAGGAAAUUGCCCGGCAGACCAGGGACAUUACCAAGAAGCUCGCGGAGGAUGAGACCAAGCUUAAGGCGUUCAAGGCCGGCAGCGUUCUGGUGACUCCCGAGGAGCGAGCCGCGGUUGAGAAGUCAUUGACGACCAACUUGGGCUGGUGGAGAAAGCGACGAGCCAUGUUUAAGAACAUCUGGUCCACAAUCUCUGAGGGUUUGGACGGCAAGCAGAAGGAUCUGUUUGAGGAGAUCGGCAUUGAGACGGACGAGGCGGCUGGCGCGGACAUGGCCGAGGCAGAGCGGCUGCUGCCCAAGAAGCGCAGGUUGUAGCGGCGUGGCGGGCGGACCCAACCGCAGCUAGCGGCGGCAGUGAGAUGGUACGUGACAGCACGUGCCACCUCAAAUACCCAACAAACGAGAUCAGUAUUUAAGCUGUUGGCAUUUC